GGAGGUGAAGGCGGAGCAGUUGUCUGUAGUCCACAGGCCUACGGCUUGCAACCGGCGAUGGAGCCACCGGCAGCUGAUUUGCUUGUUUCUGUGGCAUACGUAAAACAGGAGAUGUUCGGGAAUUGCUACGUGUAUUAUGGCGUGUAUCUGGAGAUAGCCUGAUCAUUUGCUGGGUCGGAGUCUGCAGUAGAAACUCCCUGUAACCUUUAGAAUUUAGGGAAAGUAACACUUCUAGAGAUGGAAUUUAACGAGGAUAUAGGGGAUUCUGGAGGUGAGUGCCGGAGUGAUUGAUUAGCUAGGAAGAAAAUGAACUUGUUUGUCUAGUUCACGAGGAAACAUUGCUUUUCAUAGAUCGAUGAAACACGCACUGCGCUAAGCUUUCGGGGUCUUGCAGAACUAUGCUCGCCUCGGAUGGCUGCGGGAAAUAG